AUGGCUCUGCUCAUCGCCUGGGCGUGCAUCGCUGUCAGCAUAGAGAAGGCGCUGGGGGGCCAGGGCGACGGGGGGGACCUCUACUCGGAAAACAUCACUCGGAUCCUCGACAAGCUGUUGGACGGCUACGACAACAGGCUCCGGCCGGGAUUUGGAGGCGCCGUGACGGAAGUCAAAACGGACAUCUACGUGACCAGCUUUGGGCCGGUGUCCGACGUGGAGAUGGAGUACACAAUGGAUGUCUUCUUUCGGCAGACGUGGACUGAUGAGAGGUUGAAGUUUAGUGGGCCAACUGAAAUUUUGAGAUUGAACAAUUUAAUGGUCAGUAAAAUUUGGACACCAGAUACAUUUUUUAGAAAUGGGAAAAAAUCGAUUGCUCAUAAUAUGACAACUCCUAACAAACUUUUCAGAAUUAUGCAGAAUGGAACUAUUCUUUACACAAUGAGACUAACCAUUAAUGCUGAUUGUCCUAUGCGGUUGGUGAACUUCCCUAUGGAUGGACAUGCUUGUCCAUUGAAGUUUGGAAGCUAUGCUUAUCCAAAAAGUGAAAUAAUUUAUACAUGGAAAAAAGGACCCCUGCAUUCAGUAGAAGUACCACAGGAGUCUUCCAGUCUCCUCCAGUAUGACCUCAUAGGACAAACUGUAUCUAGUGAAACAAUUAAAUCUAACACAGGUGAAUACGUAAUCAUGACAGUUUAUUUCCACUUGCAAAGGAAGAUGGGCUACUUCAUGAUACAGAUAUAUACUCCAUGCAUUAUGACAGUCAUUCUUUCUCAGGUGUCUUUCUGGAUUAACAAGGAGUCUGUUCCAGCCAGAACAGUUUUUGGAAUCACUACAGUUCUAACAAUGACCACUUUAAGCAUCAGUGCACGCCAUUCUUUGCCCAAGGUGUCCUAUGCUACCGCCAUGGAUUGGUUCAUAGCUGUGUGCUUUGCCUUUGUCUUCUCUGCACUUAUUGAAUUUGCAGCUGUCAACUACUUUACCAAUCUUCAGACUCAGAGAGCAAUGAGGAAGGCAGCCAGGGCAGCAGCACUGGCAGCAGCACUAUCAGCAGCAACUGUACCGGCAGAGGACGAGAUUGUCUCGCAUUCUGACUCCAAUUGUAACCUGAAGAAGCGAGUAAACUCCGUAACAUCUCAGGCAGAUCAGUCUCCUGAAGCCAGCAUAAUAUCAAAUAGUGCAUCUCAGUGUCAAACAGCGUCUGUUCCUCCACCAGCCCCACCGCCACUACCACCUAUUGGAGGCACAAGUAAAAUAGACCAGUAUUCUAGGAUCCUCUUUCCAGUGGCAUUUGCAGGAUUCAACCUGGUAUACUGGGUCGUUUAUCUUUCAAAAGACACUAUGGAAUUUUUUGAACCUACUGCAAUGCAUCUUCGAAAUGACCAUCAGUCCAACUGAAGAACAGCUCAAGGUUUCAAAGAAAUCACUGAAGGUCGUGUAGGGUUGAAGUGACUUCAAAGGA